AAUAUUUUGCCACAUCCAAAUGUUCCUGCUAACAAAGAAAACAAGAAGCCAGCAAGGAAAUCCUUAUCUUUUGUGGACAUAAGAGAUCCCCCCAGUGGAGAUAUUGAAAAACAAAUUGAAAAAUCUAACCAGAUUAUUCAAGGUCAAGGGGAAGUAGAGUUAUUUCCAGUUAAUUACUUCAAGAGUUUCCCAUUUGUUCUGACCAGUUUACACUUUUCCAGGAUUAGCUUGAUAUGGUGUCAAUUAAUUACCCAAGUGGAAAAAAGUCUGUGCUUGUUGUAUCUCCUUCACACAAAGUUGUAUGUAAAGCCAUAUUGGACAACAAAAAUGUAGACAAGACUAUUGUGAACACUUUAUGUCAGCAAAAUCCCAACAUUGUGGUGAAUGCAGUGACUAAAAUAAUAGAGGAUGAGUGUAGCAAAAUCUGUCAUCGAGGGUCUGGUUCAUUUCUUCAAAAAAAAGAAUAUGAAGAUUUCAUUAACUUUCAGUGGGAAAAUCUGAGUAAAGAUCUUCAGAACAGAUGUCCUCAUACUCUCUCUAUUAUAUCAUCCAUGGUGCAAAAUCCACCCCCAGGGAUUCUCAGCAAACCCUUCUUUCAUGUGAUGCUCUCCAGUGCUAUAUGUUUGCAUGGAAGAAAUCAAGAGAUGUCUGCUUUGCACUACAUAACAGCCUUUAUCCUUGCUCGUGGUGGUUGUACUCAAAGAACCAUUGAAUCACUUUGUAAAGCUGGACUAUGUGUUCAUCCCCAGACACUUCACAAUAAACUGACAAGUUGGCAGGAUAAGUUGGAUGAAGAACUCAAAAUCCUAAAGAUAAAAUGGACCAACAAGGAAGAGGUUGCCAAAAAAUUCCAGUUGGUGGGUGACAAUUGGGACAAGGACAUUCUCCCUUCUUAUCGAACCAGUGAGAGAAAAACAGAGAGUCUCCAUUUGUUCCAAAUCUAUGCCAUUGUUGACAGGUACACCACCACCAGUCCAGCGGGGUCAAAUGGAUACGAAGAAAACCUCACAUACAUCCCCUCUGUCCUCGAACAAACACAGUUAUUGAAGGAACUAACAUUUAUUUUUGCUUCAGCCAUUAUUAGACAUGUUCCCCAAGUGUCAAAGCACUUUGAGACUAUUUUCCCAAAGCACUUGGAUCAUGAACAUUCAGCUUUUGCAGGACUAAAAACAACACAAUAUUCUUUGGGACUCUUUGAUACGAAUGAAAAUAAAACGGACGAAGUGAUUCGGCUCCUUAGACAUCUUACCGACCUGUAUGUCCCAUUAGAGAAUGAAGAGGUUGUUGAUGCUGUUUUCUUUGGAGGGGAUCGUCUCACUGAUGAGAGAAUACAUUGUGCACAGGUUGCACUCAAGGAUUCACUGACAUCAAAAGGACGGCUAGAGGGAUUCAUUUCAAAAUCAGAAGACUUUCACAGAUUGAUGAAUUUUCUCGAAGCCAUUUAUAAGCUUACGUACAGCACUGGCAUGGCAGGUGACCCAUGUACUGCCCACUAUUACAGGAACCUUUUGGGACAUAGAAGUGCUAAAGGACCAGUAAAGAAUGCAUACAGAGCAUACAAGAUGCUUUAUUAUACUAUUCUUGAUGCCAUCUGUGUAGUGCUCUUUAUGGACAAGCUGGGGUCAGUAGACAUGAAUGAUCUUCCACUUCCAGAUUUUUCACAAAUGACACCCAAUGACAGCAUUCAGUGGUUGAAUAACAUGUGUAGGGAGCUGGUGGAAAAAUGGUUCUUUGAAGAUGGUCAAGAUAUUUGUGAGGAAAUAAGGAGUGUUCUAGAAAAUCCUCAGCAUGAGGAAAACUACUGGACUUCGACAUUAGAAAAUGGUCGUUUUAAAUGUCAUCAUUGUGAAAAGGACUAUAAAAGAGUAAGUUCUUUAAAAGCUCACGAGUCUGGAUUUCAUGACGUCUCUUUGAGUAAGACAAAGAAAAAGAAAGAAUGCAGCAAUGAUGAAUUGCAUGAUUAUGUGUUGAUGCUUUUUAAACUUGUUAUGCUCCAUCGAAAUUUUGACAGUGCAGUAGAUAUGGGGGAUGGUGGAAGAUGUGUACGAUCUGCAAAGUAUGAGCUUCCAAUUUACCACAAAACAAAUAAAAUCAAAUAUUCCAUUUGCUCCAUUCAUACUACGGCAUUGUCCUCAGGACUUCUUAAUGCUGACCAGGAGGAACGAUUCAUAGCAAACAGAUUUGUGAAUAUCCAAGGUGGCAAGAAUAACAACAUUGCUUUGGAUGAGUACAUUGAAAUGCUUAACAGAGACAGCAAAGCCUCUUGUACUGGGCACAAAACUAAGGAAAGUAUACUGAAACAUUCGAAAGAGUAUCCUUUGCUCAUACAAUUCACAAAACAGUUCGAAGAGGCAGGUGAAUUUGGCCAAAGGAAAGGAUUUCAUCAUCUUCCUUCCUACGCAACUGAUGUUGAGAAAGUUAUAAAGGAUUUACUGGAGAAUAACAUUUUACAGAAAAAUGAAAACAGGAAGUUAAAAGUAAAAACAACUGGUUUAGACAGGAAUCCAUUUUCAAAUUGUUCUCAAGGCUUGUCAACCAUGCUGCAUCGCCAUAGACCAUGGUCACCAUAUGGAAGACUAAGAGACUGUAAAUUUUGAACUUGCCAAUUUCAUUUGACUAUGAUAUUGUGAUGCAUACCUUAUUCAUUAUUUAGUCAAUGAGCAUUUGUCUUAGUAUGUAACUAAGUGACUGUGAAAUUGUAAUGCAUAC